CAACAGCAACACCUGUAGUAUCCAUGGAGGCUAUCACGCCGCCAAAGCCCGGCACGGCCUGGCGAAGAAGAAGAGGAAGGAGAAUAGGGCGUUUGUAUGGCCAUGUAUCUCUGUCGGCUGUGAUUCCCUUUUUGCUGCUGGUCCUGGGGUUCUUUGCCCUCCUUCUCCCCUCCCUGUGCCACGGCGCAGCGGCAGGACCAUUUGGCGGUCAAAAAACAAAAAAACAGAAACCUGUCGUUUCUCUUACGUCAGAGGAAUUGCUGGAUCAUUUGGAGGAGUGGAAUACGGACCUGGCCAUAUUUUUUUACGCCCCGUGGUGUCCAUAUUGCAAGCUGGUAGGGCCCUAUUGGGACAUGCUGGGAGAGUGGCACCUGGCGCAAACCACUCCCUCCCUCCUCAUCACCCGCUUCGACUGCGAGCAGGACGCGUUGGCCAUGGAUAUAUGCAUGUACAUGGGGGUCACGCAGUACCCGACCAUCCAAUAUUUGGGCUACGGGUCUUACUACCAGAACCUUCUGUCGUGGUUGUUUCGGCACCCGGGGAGCAACGUGGACAGGACGGUGUUUUUCGAAGGG